AUGAUCAAUCCGGUUGAUGAAGUAUCAAUUGAGUUGAGUAAUCUAGAUGAGGAGGGGGAAUCUUCCAAGCUCAAGGAAGAUGGAGGACACACAAGUACAAGCAGUGCUGCAGCAAAAAGAUCAAAACUGGAGAAGGUUGUUAUUAACAAAUAUCAACUUCAUGAUCAGCCAAAAAAAUUCCUUCCAAAGUGGGAAAACAUAUUUACUGUAGCAUCUGCAUUUGCUGUGUUCGUUGAUCCUUUGAGCUGCUACGUUCCCGUAAUCAUCGACGAUAGCACGUGCUACUAUUGGGACUACACCUUGAUGUGGAUAUUUUUCGCCUUACGAUCAGCCGGCGAUCUAUUUUAUGGAAUGGACAUUUUUGUUUUCAUAAAGCGUCGCGGCAAUGUUAAUGCCAAGCCAUUUGGGGCCUCCUGGACAAAGUAUUUUGGCGGUCCUGAUUCCACAAUUUGGAAGGUGUUGAAUGGCCAGAAAUCGCUUAGGUUCUUAGGCAUUGUACCUCGCAUUUGUGCUGCUCUUCCCAUUCUACAGGCAAUCAUACUCACCGGACAACAUACAUACUUUGGUAAAAUAUACAGUAAUCUUUUUUAUCUAAUUCCAAUCCAAUAUACUUUACGGGCUUAUAAUCUCUACCAAUGGCUCGAUCGGCAUGCUAAAAUAGAGACGGCAGUAAAAAGAUUUCUUAAAUCUGCUCUGGACUUCCUUCCAUUCAUCCUUGCUUCUCAUAUCUUCGGAGCCUUGUGGUACUAUUUUGCUGUGGACCGAAAGAUAGUUUGUUGGGAGGAGCAUUAUUGUAAAUCGUGUGGUCGUGAAACGCUUGAUCCUUUAUUCUAUUGCGACAGUUUUUCAAAACCAAGAGGUCUUCUAUUUCAGAAUAUGUCGAGUUUACGGGAGUCGUGCGCUGUACAACCUUCAGAAAAUGUAACAAGUUCUCCUUUCGAUUUUGGUAUAUAUCUAUACGCUUUCCAAUCUAAUAUGACAAGCUCAAGAGAUCUUCCAGUGAAGAUGUUGCAGUGUAUUUGGUGGGGCCUGCGAAAUUUGAGUUCUUUUGGUUCAAACCUCAAUACCAGUUUCUUUGAGGACGAAAUCAUCUUUUCGAUUGUGAUCUCUAUAAGUGGCUUGGCACUAUUUUUAGUAUAUCUAAAUUCAAGGGUGCAGGGGUCGAAAAAAGUGUCAGAUCACCUUAAAUUGCAACAAAAGAUUGAAACGAUAUAUUCAAACACAAUAGAGCAAAUGCGUAAUAUGUGUAACUUGGCUUCACUAAAGAAAGUGCCGUUGCUUGAACAUACAGAUGAGAAAGUAUUAAAUGCAAUAUGCCAGUAUCUUAAGCCGGUGAUGUAUAGCAAGGAUGUUUAUAUCAUUCGAGAGGGAGAACCACUUCGAAAGAUGCUUUUCAUCACAAAAGGCACUGCAUUAACUUACACUAUUAAGGGUGGAACAAAUGUGUGCAAGUGCCUUGAGAAAAGUGAUUUUUAUGGAGAAGAACUUCUAAAUUGGGCAUUCAAAUUUUGCUCAUUUUCUGAGUUACCUUUCUCCACUACAACUCUUUUGUCCCAAACAAAGGUUGAAGCAUUUUCAAUUAAGGCCCACCACUUGAAGUCAAUUGUCGCUCAAUUUUGGUGGCAUUUUCAGAGAGAGCUUCCUCGUUCUCAGUUGGAGCAUUUUGCAGCUUCUUCCAUACAGGCAUUCUGGCGCCGUCGCCGUCGUGCAAAGGCUAAGGGAGCAUUUUCUGAGGAAGCUUCCUCGUUCUCAAUUGGAGCGUUUUGCAGCUUCUUCCAUACAGGCAUUUUGGCGCCCCGUCGUGCAAAGGCUAAGGCCUAA